AUUUCAGGAGUGGAAAAAUGUGGUGAAAAACAAGUCACACAACUUCCCCAUUAGUGAGGAAGUGACUAGAUGAGAUCAACAGAAACAGAUUGGCAGGAUGACUAGAAUAGACUGAUGAGCUGCUGCUUAUCACCGUUAUACAGUAUCGUAGCAUCAUGCUAAGCUAAUUCAGGCUAUAUUACAUUAUAAUUCCGGCUAUAUUACACCAAAUAUUGGUUAUAUUAGGUAUAACGACGGAGGCUGCUACAGGCUGGUAUGGUAAGUCUAUCUGAGGAAAGGGUGAUGAUAUCCACAUCCUAAACUGGAGAAUACCAGUGCUGGGCUAAAUAGUGAGAUAAAGGAAUGAGAGGCAAGCACACAUAGCACUGCUACUUCCCAGCUCUUUCUUCCUGCAUCCAAAUGAUCAACAAGGCUCUCUGACCAGACAUGGGGAACGUCUGGACCAGCCCAGUCUCUAUGCCAGAGAAUGGAGAUGACACCAACACCAGCUCUGAUCCCUUUUUGAGAAACAACGAUACCCUGAGAGUCCUGUCUGACUGCACCUCUGCAGACGUCAGUGAAACCCUGGUAGUCUUGUCUGACUACCCCUCAGCAGACGUCAGCGUUCCUCUCUUCAGGAUAGGAGAGAGACUGAGACUCCUGGCAGAGGAGGGUUACUGGUGGAGGGUUUGUUCUGUCCAAACAGGAUAUGAGAACUACAUCCCCAACAACCAUGUGGCCAAGGUCUAUCACGGCUGGUUGUUUGAAGGGGUGGCCCGACCCAAAGCAGAGGAACUGCUUCGUCUGCCCGGAAACAGAGCUGGCUCCUUCAUGAUCAGAGAAAGUCAAAAAGGAGUGUAUACCCUGUCUGUACGGCACAGGGUUAUGGUACACUAUCGUAUUAUCCGCCUUCCCAACAACUGGUACUACAUCUCUCCUGGUCUAACCUUCCAGUGUCUCGAGGACCUCGUCAACCACUACUCUGAUUGUGCAGACGGCCUGUGCUGUAUUCUCACCACCCCCUGUCAGGCUGUAACCAAUGGCAACCUCAACCUGGCCUCCCAGGCACCCCCUGUGGUGAUGCAAAACAACUUCGACUGGAAAGACGUCAACAGCUCGGAGCUGACAGACCAGCCUCAUCGUUACCCCGGCAACAGAGACUCUAUGAUCAGCUUUGGCCUGCGGAACACAGUCUCCUCCUACAUGUCUCUGGGGGACACGAGGAAGGAGAGGAAGAGCAGCAGCUGGAGGAGGAAUAAGAGGAGGAGUGUGUGUGUACCUCCCGGUCACGGUCACGGACUCAGCACUACAGCACUGGAAGAGGAAGAGGGGGAGUACACACAAGCCAUCCUCCUGAACUCUUAAGACUGGAUAUGGGCUUAAAUGUAGAGGACAUGUCCUGCUGUAUAGAGAGGACAUAAUCCUGCGGUAUAGAGAGGAUAUAAUCCUGCUGUAGAGAGGGGACAUAAUCCUGCUGUAUAGAGAGGACAUAAUCCUGCUGUAUAGAGAGGACAUAAUCCUGCUGUAUAGAGAGGACAUGUCCUGCUGUAUAGAGAGGACAUAAACCUGCUGUAUAGAGAGGACAUAAUCCUGCGGUAUAGAGAGGACAUAAUCCUGCUGUAUAGAGAGGACAUAAUCCUGCUGUAUAGAGAGGACAUAUCGUGCUGUAUAGAGAGGACAUAAUUCCUGCUGUAUAGAGAGGACAUAAUUCCUGCUGUAUAGAGAGGACAUAUCGUGCUGUAUAGAGAGGACAUGUCCUGCUGUAUAGAGAGGACAUAAUCCUGCUGUAUAGAGGACAUAAUCCUGAUGUAUAGAGAGGACAUAAUCCUGCUGUAUAGAGAGGACAUAAUCCUGCUGUAUAGAGAGGACAUAAUUCCUGCUGUAUAGAGAGGACAUAUCGUGCUGUAUAGAGAGGACAUAUCCUGCUGUAUAGAGAGGACAUGUCCUGCUGUAUAGAGAGGACAUAGCAUACUGGACUAUGCCGUGAAUGUGGAAGUAAAACUGUGAUGACUGUCACACUGCAUAAUCAGUGACAUUCGUACCAUUAAUCACAAGGGUGUUACUGCUUGACAGCCUAAACUAGUUGUAAACAGCUGGAAUGGUUAAGACCGUUACUGUAACAGCAUUAUUUACACACGAGGGCUUAGUAACACAUCCACAAUAGCCCUAUUUAUAUUUAGUGCACUACUAUAGUGUACUACUUUUGAUAGGGGCUCUGGUCAAAAGCAGUACACUAUAUAGGGAAUAGGGCGCCAUUUGGGACUCUUAGUGGUCAGUGAGGAUCAGGGGUCACAGGUCAGCUUACCAUGAGCAGCAUCCUGUCGAAGAGACCACGCGAGGAGGGGGAGGUCAGAUGUAGGCUGGCCACGUCACCUCCACUCCGCUCUGCCCCCACCGUCACCAGCCUGGGGUCACCUCCAAACGCCUCAAUGUUCUCCUGGACCCACUUCAGAGCGGCUACCUGGUCCUGGAAGCCGGCGUUACCUGGCAGGGCUGUGGAGCCUAGAGCCAUUCAAUUCACACUGCUGUUAUUUCAUGUACCGCGUCAGGAGUCAAAACCAUUCAAGAGAUAUAUUACGUUAUAUAAGUGUGUUCUUUGGUUGUGACUUGUUGUCGUCUACAUCAUUUCCAAAAAUAUACAAACAACAUGUUUUUAUUCCA